AUGGACAACCGCCAAACGCCAACGCUCAUUGUUACCAUAGUCUUUUUCGUCCUUGCUUCGGUCUUUGUCGCGCUUCGCUUUGUGUCGCGCUUGGGUGUUGUGCACAAAGUCGCUGCGCAUGACUAUUUGAUGCUUUUGGCUUGGGUAAUUGACUUUGGCUUCGUCUUUGCAAUCUGCUACGGAACUACCAAGGGCUUGGGUCUACACCAGACCGAUGUCUCGUCCUCGAAUAAUGUCGCCUUGAACACGGCCGAAUAUGUUGCCAACGUGCUUUACAACCCCGCGUUAAUGACGCUCAAAAUGUCCAUCCUGAUUUUCUUCCUCUCCCUAUCCAAAACUGACAAGAUCUUCCGCUGGUCCAUCUACGCCACCAUUUUCGUCGUCAAUGCCGCCGGCGUUGCCUUGACUAUGGUCAAUAUCUUCCAGUGUAGGCCCGUCAGCGCUGCAAUCUGGCCGCAUAAAAUGGGCACAGCGACUUGCACUGAUAUUGUCACUAUAUAUCUUUCGUCCGCGCCUGUCAAUCUGAUUACCGACGUCGCUAUCUUUUUGUUGCCGGUGCCGAUCCUGACUAAAUUGCGCUUGCCGCGGAAGCAGAAGAUUAUUCUGAUUGUAACCUUUAGCUUUGGAGUUUUCACUGCUGUUGUCGAUGUCAUCCGGGUCGCGUACCUGCAGAGCGCGGCAACAUCGCGUGUCCAGAUGAUACACACGGCGGAAUCAGCUGGUCUUACGUCGAAAUUGGGGCAGGAUUUUUCCUGGUACGGCGCGUUCGCAUUUAUGUGGUCUGCGGUCGAAGUCAAUACUGGCAUCAUGUGCGCUUGCGUACCCGGGCUGAAGCCGCUCGCUGCCCGUAUUUUGCCCAGGUUGAUAAAAGGCUCCACGGAUACCUCGCCCCAGCAAGCCUCAUACAGCGCGUACCCUACCAGCGCAAACCGGUCUAAUCGUCGUGCCUCUCUAGAACCUCGUCAACGCCAGAGUCCAAGUCUACAUCCUGGAUCCGGACACAAUGGAACAUCUAUCCACCCGCCGCCAACGGCAGCGAGCCCCGAGGAAAUGAUGGACAUGUCCGACUUUCUCGCUCGUUCUGGACCUAGCGACGAUAUGGAAAGCAGCACGGUAGAAGAAAGCUAUGGGCCGAUGAACGUGUCGCGGUUUUUCGAUUUUGUGAAUGUGAAAAAACCCAAGAGUAUGCUUGCCAUGAACAACAAAGAAUCGAUCCCUCCGGUAGCAUUGACGACAAUCCUGUUUUUCAUGUGGGGACUAGGCUAUGGGUUCUUAGACGUCCUGAACGACCAGUUCCAAACGAUCGACCACCUGAAUUCCUGGGCGUAUCUCGGCUUGCAUGCAGCAUACUACGGCGGCUAUCUUGUCUCGCCGCUGACCAUUGGCCGGGUAUUACUACGCCGAUGGGGGUUCAAAGUCACGUUUAUCACGGGACUGCUCAUCUACGCGUGCGGCACUCUGAUAUUCUGGCCAUCUGCCGUCUUGACGUCGUUUACCGCGUUCAUCAUUUCCAAUUUCAUUGUCGGCUGUGGCUUCGGCGUGCUCGAGACCGCGGCAAACCCGUUCAUCGCACUGUGCGGACCGCUCGAGAAUGCAGAAAUCCGGCUAAACUUCUCCCAAGCCAUCCAAGCCACGGCCAGCGUGGUCUCGGCCGUGCUGGCCAAAAAGGCCCUGUUUCAUUCGGUCCAGGACGCGGCAAGCCUAGUCAGAGUGCAGUGGACGUACUUGGCCAUUGCGCUCUUUGAUUUGUUGCUGGCCGUUGCUUUUUACUACCUGCCUGUACCUGAAGCAUCCGACGAAGACCUACGCGCGCUCUCGGACCGGCGGAGAGAAACAAACUCGGUGCGCGUGAUUGGCAUUCCGGUGAUUUGGAUGACGUUUGGCCUGGCCGUGUUCUCGCAGUUUUGCUAUGUCGGUGGGCAAGAGGCCUUCAUCACCAGUCUGGCCUCGUACAUUCAGGCGCAAACCCCGCAGUCGAGGCUUAGCACGUAUGAUUACACGCUUAUCGGCCGCAGUCUGUUUGCCGUGGGCAGGUUCCUCGCAGCGUUUGCGCAGUGGUUCCUCAAACCACGCUGGAUUUUACUCGUAUUGUACCUCGGCCUGAUCGUGCUCUCGGUACUGUGCAUGAACCUAUCCGGUUUAGCCGGAGUCAUCCUCGCUUUGUUUAUAUUUCUCUUCGAAAGCGGCGUGUUCAGCACCAUCUUCGCCAUGUCGCUGCGCGGCAUGGGCGCCCACACCAAAACCGCCUCAGCAAUCAUGGCCACUACUAUUGGCGCCGGCACCAUCUUCCCUUUUCCGCAGCGCGCUGCUGUUAACACGCACGGUAGCACGCCGUAUUCGUUUGCUGUGAUUGUCGCACUGUUCUCGGCGGGCGCGCUGUUUCCGCUCUAUCUCUCUUUUGUGCCUGCGGCGAAGAAGCAGGUUGAUCCCGUUCCGAAUGAGUAUUUGCGUCGGCAUCGUCGUCGGAGCCACCAUUGCCGACGCAAGAACAGGACUGAAAAUGGUGGUGACCCACCUCUGCCUAAAGAAGAGCAUUACUCGCUCGGUGGUGUGUGGUCAAGGCCGCGCAGUUUGGUAGAGGAGCCGCCGUCGUCGUCGGAACCGCCGCCAAUACCGGAGAUGACCAUGACGAGUGGGCAUGAUUUUGCUCGAACAGGAAGUACAUAG